CAGGACACUUACAAGGGUGGAGUCACUCACUUCCUCCUGUUUGGUUUCAGAAGCUGCACCUCAGAGUGGUUGGACCAGGCAGUGAUUAAUAUUUAGUGAAGCACCAUGGACAAGAUACGUUCAAGCCCAAUAAAUCAGCAGACCAUGGAUAAAAAGAAGGCAGCAUUCAAACAACCUUCUGAAAGAAACAACAAUCCCCUAAAGAAAGAGGGGGGGUUUGUGUUUUCUUUUGUAAAGCCAUUUCCAGAAGCUGCUACAACUCCUCUCCCACCAGAGGAUCCAGAAGAAGAUCUUGAGCUGUCAGAGAAGCUGUUUGAGAGCAAACCUAACGAUGACCAGGACUUGGAGAAAGAGUUUUCCAGAGAAGAGGGCACAGAUGCAGAGCACACCUUGUACAACAAAUAUGAGGAGAAGAUCCGACCCUGCAUUGAUCUUGUGGACAGCCUGAGAGCUCUUGGAAUAGAAAAGGACCUGUCCUUGCCUGCAAUUGCAGUAAUUGGAGACCAGAGCUCUGGGAAAAGUUCUGUCCUCGAGGCCCUGUCUGGUGUUGCUCUCCCCAGGGGCAAUGGUAUUGUCACUCGGUGUCCCCUGGAACUUAAACUGAGGAGGUUGCCUGAAGGGCAGGCAUGGCAAGGGAAGAUCUCCUACCGAAAUGUAACCCUGGAUCUCCAGCACGCCUCUGAGGUGGACAGAGCAAUAAGGCAAGCCCAGGAUAUUGUGGCUGGUCCUAGAAGUGCCAUUAGCGGGCAAUUAAUUUCCCUGGAAAUUCGGUCCCCUGAUGUCCCAGAUCUGACACUAAUUGAUCUUCCUGGAAUUGCCAGAGUGGCCGUGGGGGACCAGCCAAAAGACAUUGGGGACCAGAUCAAAAGUCUACUUAAAAGAAUUAUUGGCUGCAAAGAGACAAUCAAUUUGGUAGUGGUGCCAUGCAACGUGGAUAUUGCAACAACAGAAGCAUUGAAAAUGGCUCAAGAGGUGGACCCUACUGGACAAAGGACAAUAGGAAUUCUCACAAAACCCGACCUCGUGGACAGGGGAACUGAAGAGGCUAUUGUUAAAAUACUGAGGAACAGGGUAAUCCCCCUCAAAAAAGGCUACAUGAUUGUGAAGUGCCGUGGGCAGCAGGACAUCCACAACAAACUGACCUUGGCUGCUGCAAUCCAACAGGAGAGAAUCUUCUUUGAGAAUCACAAACAUUUCAGGGCUAUCAUGGAAGAAGGGAAGGCUACUAUCCCCUGUCUGGCAGAGAAGCUCACAGAUGAGCUUGUGAAACACAUUAUUAAAACUUUGCCAGCACUGGAGAGCCAAAUUCGUGACACCUUCCAGAAAACAUUGCAGGAGCUGCAAAGGUACAACAGAGGCACACCUCAAACAGAGUCUGAGAGGCUGUUUUUCCUCACAGAUUUGAUCAAAUACUUCAACCAAGACAUCUCUCAGAGCACACGGGGAGAGGAGCAGCUCUAUGGGGAUGAGGUCAGACUGUUCACCAAGGUCCGCAAGGAAUUCCGCUCGUGGGGCGUGAUCCUCCUGGAGUCUGAUGCGAGGGCUAAAAAAAUGGUCCCUGGUAAAGUGUGGAAAUAUGAAGACCAGUACCGUGGACGGGAAAUCCCAGGCUUCAGCAACUACAGGACUUUUGAGGACAUUAUAAAAGAGCAGAUGAGAGAACUGGAGGAGCCAGCAAUUGAGAUCCUGAACAAUGUGAUAAAACUGGUUGAAGAGAAAUUUAUUGAACUCGCUAAAAGGAAUUUUGCUAAUUUUCACAAUCUAAACAGAGCUGCCAAGAUGAAAAUUGAAGACAUUAGCGAGAAGCAAGCAUCGGAGGCUGAAAGACAUAUCCGGGCACAGUUUAAAAUGGAGAGAAUCGUGUACUGCCAGGAUGACCUUUACAUUCAUGAUUUAAAUACUGUUAAGGCACAAAAUGCUUUCAACACGUCCUCAGAAAAAGAUUUGAAGUCUCUGUUUGCUCCAAAGGACUCCUCUUUUGCCGUGGAGAUGGCUUCUCAAACCAGUGCCUAUUUUUCUGAAGCAAGUAAACGGCUCACCAAUCAGAUACCUCUGAUCAUCCUGUCUUCUGUCCUUCAUGACUUUGGAGAAAAUGUGCAGACCUCAAUGCUGCAACUUCUGCAAGAUAAAGAGAAGGUAAACUUUCUCCUCGAUGAGGACUCUGAAGCUGCUAAAACCAGGAAUUUCCUCAGCCAAAGAGUUGAGCGUCUCACCAAAGCCCUCCAGUACCUGAGAGAAUUCAGCUGCUUGUAAUUUCUUUGGUUUUCACUUUUUUUCUCCUCAUCUACUAGCAUUACUGAAAAAUUCCAUAUAAUCCCAUAAAAAUGUAGUGUCAGCCCAGACUUUUGAUACUAAUUUCUAGUGUUCAGUUUUUAUUUUCCAUAAUCAUAUGUGUUGUGGUGUGCUUUUUCUUUAAAAUUAUGUUUGUUCAGUGUCUGUUCAUUUCCCUCCUCCCUCUCCUCCCCAGUUGUCAAUCUUCCCAAGUUCUUCCCUAACCCCUCCUCCCCAAGUUGUCAAUCCUCCCUUUCCCUGCCCCUUUCCCUAGAACAUUCCCUGAAAUUCCUUCUAGCCCCUUCCCCU